AUGAUUCGUCAGAGGCAGUACAAUCCUGCUCUGCAUCAAAUGUUGAUACCGUCAUUAUCAGAAUGGAUUUUCGAGCAAAAACAAGUGGAUGCGUAUUGGUUAAGGAAUCAAUUUGGUGAUCGGGGAGAUUUUCAACAGUUACCAUUUCUUUUUCCUCUUACACAGGCAAUGAAAUCGAACGAUGAACCGACCGAUGUUCUGCGAAAACCUUUUCAAUCAAUUUCCCCCACUCAAACGAUCGGCAACACAAAUAAAUCAUCGAUAUUGAACUUUUCCAUCGAAAGAAUCUUAGGUGGCCGUAAAACACCUGAAAGGUUGUCCUCACCCUCUCUCCAUUGUCGUGGUCACAAGUCCCUUCCAUAUCCACUGAGAAAAGAAAAUGGCAAAAUCAUCUACGAAUGUGUCCAAUGCUACAAAACAUUCAGCCAAUUGUCGAAUCUCAAAGUUCAUUUGAGAACUCAUACUAAUGAAAGACCAUUUACCUGCACACAAUGUCCAAAAUCAUUCACACAAUUCGCCCAUCUUCAAAAACACACGCUAGUUCAUUCAGGUGAACGACCAUACUCAUGUCCAUAUUGCCCGAAACGAUUCUCAUCAACAUCGAACUUGAAAACGCAUUCACGUCUACAUACGGGCGACAAACCAUAUCUCUGUCCAAAUCAAUCCUGCUCAGCACGCUUCACACAACUUGUACAUUUGAAAUUACACAUCAAAACUCAUUUGGAUGAAUCAACGUCACCAUCAAAAGACAUGAAAUUCAAUUCGAUUUUGUAG